UUAGCUGAUAUAAGAGUUAAGACACUUACAACUGAUUUAAGCUUGUCAAGCAGUUCAUGAUCUAUCCCGAUUCUAAUUGACGUGGCAAUCUCAGUUUAUCUCGUACUUUUAUAUUCAUAAAACGGAAACACAAAACCGUAACGCUUCUUCUCAAUUCCAGUGAUCAAAUAAAUAACACCGGAUCAGCAGCUCCGAUACGGCGUCGCAUCAGCUCAAUAAUGAUACCGGCGACAAGAAUCUUCCGGAAAAGGAUUUGGAGCUCCGGUCGACAGUCUGUAUUGUCAUACACUCAUCAUCAAACUUCCUCCUUGUCCUCACCGCCGGGGACGGCGGCCGGAAUCUCUCCACAGCUCAACCUCACUAGUUAUGCUUCGACGGCGUACCGCUCAGCUUAUAAUACCUCUAUUGAUUGUGGGCUUAUUAGGUGUAACGUGAAUAAUAAUAGCAAUAAGAAUAGAUGUUGCUGGUUUACAAGUCAUGCUUUAGCUGAUGUUCAAGUAGGACGAGUAGUUGAUGUGCCGUUGGCUCAAACUGGUGAAGGUAUUGCUGAAUGUGAAGUUCUCAAAUGGUUUGUGCAAGAGGGUGAUGUAGUAGAGGAAUUUCAACCACUAUGUGAAGUUCAGAGUGACAAAGCUACUAUUGAAAUAACCAGUCGCUAUGAGGGGAAAGUUUCUCAGAUUCUAUACGUUCCUGGAGACAUCGUAAAGGUUGGAGAAACCCUUUUAAAAAUGGCUGUUGAGGAAUCUCUUGCUCCUAUUCCGAGGCCUGAUGGUCUUGAAGAUACAAAGUCACUUGGUCUCAAACUGGAAAAGAGUCAAACUGGUGGAGUCUUGUCCACUCCUGCCGUGAGGCACCUUGCAAAGGAAUAUGGUAUAAAUUUAAAUGAUAUCAGUGGAACUGGUGAAGACGGAAGGAUACUAAAAGAAGAUAUACUCAAUUAUGGAAUUCAGAAGGGAAUUACUAAAGAUUCAUCAUGCAGUUUGAAUGCUGAUUCUGGAAAUGAAUUUACGAGUGGAAAAGGGAAAAGCACUCGUGCAUCAGCUGAAGUAGAACAGCUUCAUGAUGAUAAGAUAGUUCCGCUAAGGGGUUUCCAACGAGCAAUGGUGAAGACAAUGUCCAUGGCUGCCAAAGUUCCACAUUUUCAUUAUGUAGAAGAGAUUGAUUGCAACGCUCUGGUGGAGCUUAAAUCUUCUUUUCAAAAUAAUAAUACUGAUCCAGCUGUCAAGCAUACUUUCCUUCCAUUGUUGAUAAAGUCGCUUUCAGCGGCUCUCAGCAGGUAUCCAUGGAUGAAUAGUAGCUUCAACGAGGAGUCAGUAGAGGUGAUUCUAAAAGGCUCCCACAAUAUUGGAAUCGCCAUGGCUACUCCACACGGUCUAGUUGUACCAAACAUAAGGAAUGUUCAAUCUCUAUCCAUCUUAGAGAUAACGAAGGAACUAGCGCGACUACAACAAUUGGCAUUGGAGAAUAAACUUAAUCCUGAGGAUAUAACUGGUGGAACAAUAACACUAAGCAAUAUUGGUGCAAUUGGUGGGAAGUUUGGCGCGCCUAUCAUAAACUUGCCUGAAGUUUCCAUCAUUGCAAUUGGACGAAUUCAGAAGGUUCCGCGGUUUGCAGAUGAUGGAAAUGUGUAUCCUGCAUCAAUCAUGACUGUAAAUAUUGGUGCAGAUCAUAGAGUUCUGGAUGGGGCAACAGUUGCAAGAUUUUGCAACGAGUGGAAACGGUUAAUUGAAAAACCAGAACUACUAAUGUUGCUUUUGAGAUGACAAAAGCUCAUUAGCUGUGAGAUCAUAUUUUUGAAACGUCCUGCCAAACGAGCUCUCAUGGCGCUCAGCAGCAGCUACAACAGCUGCAUGACUAAAAAUUUGACUCCCUGCAGGGACCCAAUAAACCAAGGAGGCCUCCU